AUGUCCUGGUCCCGCCUCAUCCGAUUUAUCGACACCACCGGAGAAGUAUGCUUCGGAGAACCAGCAAUCAGCGACAUCACGAAACUAACAGAGGAAUGCCUCGCUGGAACCCUUUUCGCUCAGGAGUAUGUGGGAGACAGCCCUCUCUCUGUUACCCCAGGCUCUCGUCGCUUGCAAGUUAAAGAACUUCUGGGCAUUCUUCGACCAGAGGAUGUUCCUAUCAUUCGUUGCGUGGGGUUGAACUAUAUGGCUCAUAUCAAAGAGGGUGGCCGCACGCCUCCACCUCAUCCUUCUCUCUUUAUCAAGCCGAACACCUCUAUUGCUUCGUACAAUGAGGAUAUUGCUAUUCCCCGAAUUGCCCAGGACUCGGUAGAUUAUGAGGGGGAGCUGACUAUUGUAAUCGGCAAAACGGGCAAAAACAUACCCAAAGAAAACGCUCUCGAGUACAUAGCCGGCUACGUCGCCGCCAAUGAUAUAUCCUGUCGCAGCUGGCAAAAGGAUCCUCUGAAGGCCGGGGGCGUGCCCCAGUGGUGCUUCAGUAAGGGAUUUGAUAAAAUUCGCUCCUGUUGGUCCGGUCUUGGUCUCGUUGGCGCAGCCGAUAACCUGCGUCUUCAAACGCUGGUCAACGGCGAGCUCCGCCAGGAUACAAACACCAAUGAUCUACUUUUCAAUGUGCCUCAUCUUAUCAGCUUUCUUAGCCAGGGGACUACGUUGGAAAAGGGGACUGUUAUUAUGACGGGGACACCGUCGGGGGUGGCGAUGGGGAUGACUCCGCCCAAGUAUCUUAAGGAUGGUGAUGUUGUUGAGGUGGUGGUUGAGGGGCUGGGUGCGACGAGGAAUGUUAUGGUUUUUGAGUAG